AGAGCAGCAGGCAGAUGAAGCAGCUGAAGUCAGAACCUUCAUGGUGCCCAGGAAGGAGAUCAGCAUGGUGCCGGACAUGGGGAAGUGGAAACGCUCACAGGCGUAUUGUGACUACGUGGGCUUCAUUCUGACGCUGAACGAGAGCGUGAAAGGAAAGAAGCUGACGUGUCGAUUCGAGGUCUCUCAGACAGUGGAGAAGCUGCUGGAUCUUUUAGGGACUCUGGAUCGGUGGAUAAACGAGACUCCUCCGGUCGACCAGCCAUCGCGGUUCGGUAAUAAGGCCUUCAGAACCUGGUUCUCCAAGCUGGAGCAGGAAGCUGAGGCCUUGGUGUCGGCUGUUCUUCCCGUGGAGAAAAGCGCUGCAGCUCCGGAGAUCGCCGUCUACCUGAAGGAGUCUGUUGGGAACCCGACCAGGAUAGACUAUGGAACAGGUCACGAGGCGGCGUUCGCUGCGUUUCUCUGCUGCCUCUGUAAAGUCGGAGUCCUCGGAGUGGCAGACCAACUCGCCAUCGUCUUUAAGGUUUUCUACAGGUAUCUCCAGGUGAUGAGGAAGCUGCAGAAGACCUAUAGGAUGGAGCCCGCUGGGAGUCAAGGCGUGUGGGGACUCGAUGACUUCCAGUUUCUACCCUUCAUCUGGGGCAGCUCCCAGUUUAUAGAUCAUUCGGUGCUGGAACCUCGUCACUUCCUGGACGAGAAGGUGGUCAACGAGCAGCACCAGGACUUCAUGUUUCUGGACUGCAUCAAGUUCAUAAACGAGAUGAAGACGGGUCCAUUUGCAGAGCACUCUAACCAGCUGUGGAACAUCAGCGCUGUUCCGUCCUGGUCCAAAGUCAACCAAGGCCUGAUCAAGAUGUACAAGGCGGAGUGUUUGGAGAAGUUCCCGGUGAUCCAACACUUUAAGUUUGGCACCCUGCUCUCCAUCCAGCCGGUGAAGCCUUAAUGAAGACCAAGGAGACUAAAAUCCCACCAACUCACCCUCUGGCGUCCUUUAGUCCAACAGUAGCAAAUAUCAUCCAUGGAUUCUGAGACAUGUGCUCCCUGGUCUGUGUGCACAUAGUCCUGAACGUUGGCAGACGUCUGGGACCAACAUUGUGGUUGAACUCUGACUUCCUGUUUGUGUUAUUUAUAAAAUGGCUUCACUUUUUGUUUUUUGGAUGUGUGAAUAUGGAUUGAGAUCCUGACUGAAUGGAGCUGAUGCUGAUAAGAAUGAUGGAAAGUUGUCUCUCUUUUUUUUAUUUUUUUUUAUUUGUUUUUUUUUGCAUUUACAGCCAAAGUUUUAAAUUUAGUUGCAACAACUGAAAACUCUUUAAACAGGUGAAACGACAGUAAAAAACAUUUUUCAGAUAAAAAGCUUUGCAUGAAAAUCUUUGUCCCGUCGCUGUCUUCAUAGAGCUCCAGAA